CUGGGAUAGGCUGCGAGCGACCGAGCAACGCUGUCAGUCAACGGGGUUUCGGGCUGAUUACCUAGGCGCUCUUUGCACGGGACUCCCAACAGGAGAAAGUCGCCUCGCCCGUCGCGGGUUCGUGCUCCGGGAUUAAAGUGAUCGCCAGUCUCACAGCUUUCGUCGAAACUGCCCCGUGGGGAUUCAUGCCGUGUUGGUGAGCUAAAUGCGGUACGAAGCUAAAAUGAUGCCGAUGUUCCUGACAGUAUACCUCAGUAACAAUGACCAGCAUUUUACUGAGGUUCCUGUUACCCCGGAGACGCUGUGCCGGGACGUGGUGGAGUUGUGCAAGGAGUCAGGGGAGGCAGACUGUCACCUCUCUGAGAUGUGGCGUGGAUCUGAGCGAGCUGUCGGUGACGGUGAGAGGAUGCUGGAUGUGCUCCAACGAUGGGGACAACACAGGGCAGAGGUGCGCUUCUUUCUGCGCCACAAUCGAGCCCCUGGCAGGGAAUCGGGUGGGCCAAGAGGCUCAGAGCAGAAGAGGAAUGGAGUGAAGGGUCCCCAAGACAGAAGAAUGGAGAAUGGGGUGGCAACACCCCGGAUGGACAUGACGCUGGCCGAACUACAGGAGAUGGCUUCCAGACAGCAACAACAAAUAGAAACUCAACAACAGCUCCUUGCUUCCAAGGAGCAGCGACUGCGCUACUUAAAGCAGCAGGAGCAGCGGCAGCAGCAGCAAGCCUCUGAGCAGGAAAAGCUACAGCGCCUCAGAGAGAACAUCGAGAACCAGGAAACUCGGCUCAAGAAGGUCCGGGCCCUCAAGGGCCAAGUGGAGCAGAAACGCCUCAGCAACGGCAAACUGGUGGAAGAGAUAGAGCAGAUGAACAACCUGUUCCAGCAGAAGCAGAGAGAACUAGUGAUGGCUGCUUCCAAGGUGGAGGAGCUUAGCCGUCAGCUAGAGUUGCUCAAAAAUGGCAAAAUGGACAACUGCCAUGACAACCAGAGCUCGGUGGCUGAACUAGACCGUCUCUACAAGGAACUACAGCUGAGGAAUAAGCUCAACCAGGAUCAAAACUCUAAGUUGCAGCAGCAGAGAGAGGGUCUGAACAAACGCAACCUGGAGGUGGCUGCGAUGGACAAACGGAUCAUUGAGCUCCGAGAUCGGCUGUGGAAGAAGAAGGCCGCGCUGCAGCAGAAGGAGAACUUGCCUCCUCAGAUGCCCUGUCAUUCAGAGCUCACCCAUGCCAACAAUGGCUACCCUGGUAAAGAGAGGCCUUCAAAAGACACUCAUCUUCAGGUUCCCUCUGAUGGUCAAGCCGGACAGCAGUCGGGUCCGUCUCGUGUGGCGGCGGUUGGCCCAUACAUCCAGUCGUCCACCAUGCCUAGGGGCCCAGUAAGGCACGACCUACUUGUAAAACCGGCCUACCCAGACGGCAUCGCCACCCUUCCAGCCCACGAGCCACAGAGCAAGGCCGGUACAGCCCUUCAGCCAUCCAAGCUGGGAGACCGGGGCUCUUCAGGCCCAGAAUCCAACACCAACGGUCAUGGUCCAGCUUCAACACUGCCCCGAAUGACCUCUCACUCCAACGCUAACACAGAACAAGAUGAGACGGAACUGAAGAGGGACAGGAAGGUGCGUCCAUUUUCCAUGUUUGAGCCAACUGAGGCUCCCGCCACCUCCCUACGCAAAAACCAGAGCAGCGAUGACCUGGUCAGGGACGCUAUGUUGGCUCCCAAAGCUCCAGUCAAGGUGCCUCCUCCUGUUCCCACAAAACCAAAAGGCCCUGGUGUCGUGCCCUAUGGCAAACCAGGUCUCAACACAGGCACCUUCCCCAAAACCAAGCCACACAGCCAGCAGCCCCAAGCUGCACAGGGCCGCAACCCUCUCCCAUCUUCACAGAGCCAGACACUCCCCCUACCCUCCAAGCAGGACAUUCCACCUGCAGCCACCGUACGGCCCUUCACCCCAGAGCUGCCCGGCUCCAAAGACUCCAGCAUUAAUAAGCCCCAGACCGUAGCGGCCAGCUCCAUUUACUCCAUGUACACUCAGCAGCCUGGCUCAGGGAAGCCCUUCAGUCAGCCUGUUGUGCAGGGCGCGCUGAACAGGUCUCAGAGCCGCACCAAUGGAUUUGUCAGUGUGUAUGGCAAACCAGUAAUCCCUGGUGGAGGCUCCCUACAUCCAGAGAACCCUUACAUGGACCGGCGGUCCCCCGGCUUAGAAUCGGACAUUGACUACAAUGGAACCAACAACGUCGGUCCCAGCCCGUCUGAGGGUCCCCAAACAGAAACAGAACGCAUCCCUAGGCCCCUCAGCCCCACCAAGCUGCUCCCCUUCAUCUCCAAUCCCUACAGGCAUCAGAGUGAUGGCGACCUGGAAGCCCUGAGGAAGAAGCUCUACAAUGCACCAAGGCCCUUGAAGAAACGCAGCUCCAUCACUGAACCAGAGGGUCCUGCAGGGCCCAACAUUCAGAAACUCCUCUACCAGAAGACCACACUGGCAGCCAUGGAGACUGUGACUACACCAACUACUCCAACCUAUGCUGGUGAAGCAGAGAAAGCGGCGGAGGGAUCAGUGGGGCCACAUGUUCCAAGCCAUCUGAGUAGUGCAGAGAACCACCCAUCAGAGAUAGGACAGACUCUGGAGGGAGGACAGCUGCCAUCUCACAUCCCAGGUGCUAAAGUCCCUGUUCCAGGCCCCGCUGAACAGACCAAACCACCUUCAGCCAUCCACGAGCGCGAGCACAUUAUCCCACCUCCUCCCCCAUCUCACCCAGCCCCCAGGCCAGAUGAUGCUCUUUUCCCACCACCACCCUUAGCUGGCUUGGAGGAUGCAAUGGCCAACCUGCCUCCUCCACUUCCGGAAGGCUUCCUGGAAGAGUUCCCCCCCUACCCACCACCCCCAUACCCCAGUGGAGCAGAGCAGGACAGCUUGGGAGAGGACACCUUUAACAUGACGGCCCCUGAGGUCACUGGCCAGGUCACGCUACCACCGGGAAAGAGAACCAACUUGCGCAAGCUUGACUCUGAACGCAUUGAUCACGACAUGAGAGUAAAAUUCAACCCACUGGCUCUGCUGCUGGACUCUUCUCUGGAGGGAGAGUAUGACCUGGUCCAGAGAAUCAUCUAUGAAGUGGAAGAUCCCAGUCAGCCCAACGAUGAAGGAAUCACUGCCCUACACAACGCUGUCUGUGCCGGACAUACAGAGAUUGUCAAGUUUCUGGUUCAGUUUGGUGUCAACGUCAAUGCUGCAGACAGUGACGGCUGGACACCUCUUCACUGUGCUGCAUCCUGUAACAAUGUGCAAGUGUGCAAGUUCCUGGUGGAGUCUGGUGCAGCAGUGUUUGCUAUGACUUACAGUGACAUGCAAACGGCAGCUGAUAAAUGUGAAGAGAUGGAGGAGGGCUACACCCAGUGCUCCCAGUUCCUCUAUGGUGUGCAAGAGAAGAUGGGCAUCAUGAACAGGGGAGUGGUCUACGGUCUGUGGGACUACAAUGGCGAAAACCCCGAUGAACUGAAAUUCCGCGAGGGAGACUGCAUGACCAUCGUUCGAAGGGAGGAUGAGGACGAGAUAGAAUGGUGGUGGGCGCACAUGGGUGACACUGAGGGGUACAUUCCCCGCAACCUCCUGGGGCUCUAUCCCAGAAUAAAGCCAAGACAGAGAACCCUAGCUUAAGACGCCGCGCAUUCCAGUGUGCCAGAACUCUCCGAAACACACACACACACACACACACACACACACACACACACACACACAGGCUUUAACAGACUGGGGAAGAGAAGGACACUGCUGAAAUGAAGACACGGAGACAGACCAAACAAUAUGAAGGAUCAACUAUGAACUCUUUCUGGCACUUUUUUUCUGUAUCUACAACAGAGGGAUUCUCCCUCACUUAUUUUUCCAGGCCACACUAUGUACUAUGUACUUAAGACGCUAUUUACAUUGUUUUCCUUUAUUUUACUGUUUUUGCUGUUUAUGUAAUUAGUGUCUGAAACUAUUUCUUAACUGACAGAAACACAAAUGUUGGGAUAUAAAUGGAUCAAGCGGUAUUCUUAUUGCGAGACCUUUUUACACUUUUAAAUAGUCUUUCAAAACUACUUUGGGCUCAACAUUGCAUGAGGUGAGCAAGUGGAUGAUGAUGAUGAUGAUGAAGAUGCUUUUAAAAAGGCUCUGUUACCGAGACAAUCUUUGGUGCGCCUGUUUGUCAUCAUCUGUGUGGAGUGACUGUGCCUCUUGAUAACAGCACUAGAGGGUAACGUUUCAGUUGUGACCAUCACUGUUCUGACGAAACAAAACGAAAAGGAGAUGAUUGGUGGAAAGAAAUGGUGAUGAUCUUUUGAUUGAUCUAUUGCUGUUUAUUCUGUGGUCUGAUACCCGGAAAGCCAGUCUGCUUUCUUGCGUUGUGGUUGAGAUGCCAUAGAUAUUCAUGUAUUUGUAUGUCUUAAAACUAGUGAAAAGUUACUGUAGCAAUUAUAUUGUUAUGAAAAUGGACUCUCAAGCUCUUUAGAAACCCUUUGACCAGAAAGGAGAUGUCAUGCAGUAUGAAAAAUAAGAUUUUAUUACAGCCAUUUCAUGACGAUAUAAGAAUGUAAGAAGGCAAACGUAAUACCAGAAACCUUUUGUGAUAAUCAGUAAGCGAAGAGUCGAAAACAAUAUCUCCAGUCAAAUAAAAAAGAGAGAACUUAUACAAUAUGAGUUCCCAGGACCAUCACUUAUCUGUCAAAGCAGAUGUAUUUAUUUUUGUUACUUUUUUCUUUAGCCCUUUGGCCAGUACUAUAACCACAUUUCGUAGUAUUUCAAACAGUUACAAUAAAAUACUUUGUACU